AUGUGUUCGAGUGUAUUGAUCUACACAUCUUUCAAAAACAUUUUAACUGAUAUCUAUCUAUCUAUCUCUCUAUCUAUCUAUCUGUCUGUCUGUCUGUAUACCCUAGUUUUUCAUACAUCUCAAUCAAUCUAUCUAUCCCACUGCAUGGCUUUUCGUAUUCGUUGGCAGGGGAGAAGUAGCGAAGAAACGUGGUCUAUAAUAGAUGCGAAUCUCUCUCCAUUUAUUGCAAGUUUUCUAUUUAGAUGUUCCUGUAUUAUUUCACAUCUUUAUAAAUUCCCGCUGUUUUCUUCCAUUUGCACCUGCUCCUUUCCCCUCUCGAAUCUUCCUAUCCAUUCUCUUACCUUCCUUCAUUCCUUUUUCUAUCUAUCUAUCUAUCUGUCAGAGUCUGUUCAUUAUCUAUCUAUCAAUCUAUCUAUCUAUCUAUCUAUCUAUCUAUCUAUCUAUCUGUCAGAGUCUGUUCAUUAUCUAUCUAUCUAUCUAUCUAUCUAUCUAUCUAUAUAUCUAUCUAUGUCGGUUUAUAUCAAAGUAUGUUCAUAUCUAUCUAUCUAUUACACUAAAAUUAAUAUAUGUCUAUGUAUCUGUUACAGUCUGUUAAUACCUAUCUAUCUAUCUAUCUAUCUUUUACAGCCUGCUAAUAUAUAUGAACUUUGA